ACACCUAAAAAAAACGUGCGCACCACAACAAACAUGGCGGCGAUCAGAGGGUUUUCCUUGCUGUUUCUUACGUGCCGCGCGUUUAGAUCAAAAGCUACAUCUCGAUGCUUUCAAAAACGAUUUUUUAGUCGAGAUGGAAUUCGAAGCGUUCAAGAAAUUAAGGAUGAUUACAUUGAGCGCAAACACUCAAUUGAAGAAAACUAUGAACACACUGUUGUUCAGGAUCAAGGGAUCUUUGCAAAUAAUGAGUUGAGCCUAAAAUAUAUAAACGUGUAUGGGUUUGACUAUGACUACACACUGGCCUCAUACUCAAAUACUCUGCACUUCUUGAUUUACGACUUGGCUGUUGGGAAUCUGCUCAGCUUUUUUGGAUACCCAAAAGGUGUUGAGGGCAUGAAGUACAAUCCUGAAUUUGCUGUAAGAGGUCUGCAUUAUGACACUGUCAAUGGCCUUUUACUCAAGAUUGAUGCUUUUCACAAUAUCAUGCUUGGCUCUGUAUACAGAGGUCUUCAGGAGGUGGAAGACGAAGAGGUCUUCAGAAUAUAUGGAGGCACCCACCUGGCCAUUACAAAACUUGACCCCUACACAUUUUUAAGUGGCCCUAGGAGAACAAUUCAUCACAUGAUUGACAUGUUUUCCUACCCAGAGAUGUGUCUUCUUUCCAAUGUGACAGAGUAUUUCAACCAAAAUGGUAUACCUUAUGAUCCAGAAAACCUGUUUAGAGAUUGUGUGCAAGCUGUUGAGAGUGUCCAUGCUUCUGGACAGAUGUAUGAAGCUGUUAUGAAUAAUAUUGGUAUGUACCUAGAAAAGAGUCCUUUGCUGAGAGAAAUGCUGAACAAGAUACGAGCAUCCGGGAGAAAGACGUUUCUUAUAACAAACAGCCCUUAUACCUUUGUCGAUCGUGGAAUGGACCAUAUGGUGGGGGGCGGCUGGCAGGAACUAUUCGACGUCAUUAUCACCAAGGCGCGCAAACCAACCUUCUACAAUCAAGUAUAUCGGCCGUUCCGUUGCGUGGAUGCAUCAGAAGCUCGCCCUACUUGGCAGAAAGUCUCUAAGUUUGAGAAAGGACAAAUAUACAUCGAGGGUAAUGUAGACCAGUUCAUCAAGUUCACUGGUUGGUACGGCCCAAGUGUGCUCUACUUUGGUGAUCAUGUUUACAGCGACCUUAAGGAUCCUGUGUUGCACCACGGCUGGCGUACUGGGGCUGUGAUUCCUGAGCUGGAGCGUGAGAUUCAAACCACUAAUCUUCCCGAAUACCAGAAGUCAGUAGUGUGGCUGUUCACCUUGCAGGAUCUGAUCGCAGAGAUCCAGGUCCACGAUAGGGAGGAAAUACUCUCCACACUUGAAGAAUGGAAGGCCGAGCGGCGCCAAUUACGGACGAAGUUGAAGACGCUAUUCAACCCACAUUUCGGCAGCGUAUUUCGCACGUACCAUAACCCCACGUACUUCACGCGCCGUCUCGUGCGCUUCGCUGAUAUCUACAUGUCGAGCGUGGAGAACUUCCUUCAGUACCGCGAUAACCACGUGUUCUACCCACGGCGCGCGGCGCUACCACAUGAACCCGUCUUGGACUUUAGAUGAGGCCACAGGCUUCUUGUUAUGAGAAGAAGACGAGUGAGGGGCAUUGAAACUUGUCUGAGUGUGUUUAAGAUCUUUAGACGAUUCUCAAGGCAUCUCAUUUUUGGAAGAGUACAGGGUGGGAGCGGGAAGAGAACGGGGGGUGGAGGUGGGGGAGGAGCGUUGAAACAUUGAAUUGGAUUCAAGUUCUUUAGACGAAUCCCCAGGCAUCUCUUAUGGUGAAAAAGUGGGGGGAGUUGAAUCUUGUUCUUAAAACGAAUGAGUUCAAAUUCUUUCAAUUCUUGACGAUUCCCCAAACAUCUCCUUAUUGAAAAGAAGUGGGAAGGGGUGGAGGGCUGGAAGCUUGUCCGAAUGGGCUCAAGUUCUUUAGAUAAAUACUAUGACGUCUCAGACGUCUCGUAGUUAUGGGAAAGGAGCAGACUUAGUCUUAAGCAUCCCCUCAAUUGGGUCACGUUCUCACUCAUCUUUCCCUCAACAAAAGCCUGUUCUAUAUUUUAGAAGACUUCACUGGCAUCUUGGCAUGAAUUGGCUCAAGAUCUUACUUUUUUGCGUUCUAACAAAAGCCUAUCCUAUAUUUUAAAAGAAUCCCCAUAAAAGGAACUGGCUCAAGUUCUCAUAGCCUGAGUUAACAGACCCCCGCACAAAAUCUAAACGAAACUUAAGCGAGUUUCAAGAUUCGUUUAGAUUUUGAGCGGGGAUCUGUUAACUCAGCCUAAAGUUCUCACACAUUUUAGUGCUCUAACGUAAGCUCGCCUUAUAUUUCAAAAGUAAGCCAUCUACGAAUGACGCCCUGGUCGUCUCAUUAUGGGGAGGUAAAGGUGGUAGAAUUUAUUUUAGCCAGCUCAGGCUUUUAAGAUUUCACUUAAGCUAAGAUAAUAUCUCUUGAGGGGUAGGCCAAAUUUUAACCGAUCUAGACAAAGAGGGAAAGGGUUUACCAACUACUCAAGAAAAGAAAGGGAGUGUGGUGAUGAAGUUAAACACAUCUGUAAGCAGAAGGUCAAAUUCAAAAUGGUCGAAAGAGUGCGUCACAGACCUAUUUAAAAAACUAUUUUACGGUAGAGAUACCUUGGUAGCAACUAGUGCUUCGUAACGUUUGUUAAGAUAACAGAUGUCUGAAAAACGCAUUUUUUUUUUCAAAGUUACAUAUAAUUAUAUAAACCUGUAAGCGAGAGUUGUAAAUAGUUUAACAAUGUUAACAUGUUAUUUUCCAGAAAAUUAUUUAUUAUCAAAGUGUUGAAAGUUUUACUUUUAGUAAACUUUAAAAAAUGGCAA